AUGAAUCCAAUUAUUUCAGUCCUAAUUAUUACCACUACCCUCUCCUGCGUACUGAUUACAGUCUCAUUCUGACUUCCGCAGAUAAACCCCGACUCAGAAAAACUUUCCCCUUAUGAAUGUGGUUUUGACCCACUCGGGUCCGCCCGACUCCCAUUCUCAAUACGCUUCUUUCUAGUGGCAAUCCUAUUCCUGCUAUUUGACCUAGAAAUUGCACUUCUGCUCCCCCUUCCAUGAGGGGACCAACUACCUAACACUACAAAUGCAUUCUUCUGAGCUAUGUCAAUUAUUAUUUUACUAACACUAGGGUUGGUAUACGAAUGAAUACAAGGAGGACUAGAGUGAGCUGAAU